UUAAAAUUCUAUAGAUAAUGGUGCAUAUAUAUAAGUUUCUGUCUAGGAUUUGAAAUUUGAAUUUUUUAAGGUUUGAGCAUAAGAUCUAUUACAAUUCAGGUCAUUGUUAGAGUUGACCAACCUCUAGGAUUCCGAAAAAAAAUGAAACUACCUUCUGGGGAUGUUGUCUGGUUUUCCAUGGUCUAUGAGAAGCUGCACUGAUAGUGUAAACUCUGCCAUCAUAUAUGCCAUGAGGAGAACUCCUGCCCUCUGAAUGCUAAUGGGGCUAUUCUUCUGGAAAGAGACGAAGAGAGCCUUCACUCUACGAAUGUUGAUAUCAAAAUCCGUGGAGAAUCUUCCCACUCUAAUGCUGGAGGUAGUACAUCUCACCUGGCCUGGUGGAGACCAGACUUAGUUAACAAUGAUUCCCUGGACAUAUCUGGACAUAUCAUAUGAGGCAUACCGUCGAGAGAAGAUGGAAGGGAAAAAAACCUCCCUUCAAGGACGGAGGGAGGUGUGGAACAGGUUGGAACAGGGGAGAGCAACUCCUUAUCGCUCUCCCUCUCCGCAAAAGGAUCCCCCACUACAUCCUGCCCGCGACAUGUCUACGAAGCAGAGGGGACGCCAGCUGAACCACGAGGCUACGCCCGUUCACUCACGCAGGGGAAAAAAUAUGCCUCGGUCCCGCUCUUCUAAACAAAGGACAGAGGUAAGGGAUUGCGCUCUUCUGAGUGAGAGAGGUCGCCGUAAGCAGAGAUACGAGGAUACCUUUGGGUUAGAGCCUCGUAGAGUCGAGGAGGAGAGAAAGGAUCAAGCUUUAGAUUCUCGCCUUGACUAUUCCAACUCACGGAAAGCAAUCAUAUCCUCUAAGCCUACUCCAUGCCCAUUGGACUCACAGGCAACUAUCUCCGACCUGCAGGUCGCGACAUUCCGAGCAAAGGAGAUCAUCUUGUCACCAGACCAUGUUCGGGAGAGACCUUUUCGUCUCAAUCUGCAGAAGAAAGCAGGGCCUCAAACUCCAUCUUUUGGGAAGGAUACCUUGGUGGCCAUACCUCCAAAUUUGGUUGUUAAAAUUAAUAAGAAUUGGUAUGAUCAGACAGUGGAGGAGGAAGAGGCUGCACUCCAAGAAACCCCUCUUGAGGAUAGGUUUAACAAUUCGAUCCGGAUCGCUGAUCCGAGACCUAUCAUUGUUUCCCCGAGGAUCAUGCGAGAGCCUCAGACUAAAAAUUAUGUACCCUCGUUAGACCUAGCUGAAACAAAAGCUGUGGACACCGAUGAGUAUCUUCAGGAUGUGGACCGGGACGCGUUGGAAUGGGAUGAGAACUAUGAUGAUCUAGAUAAAGUGGAUCUUGAAUGGACAGAGGAGGAUGCAAAGGCCUAUAGAGAGGCGGUGGCAUCUGGUUGGGAUCCCACAGGCAUUGAUCUGGAUGCGGAUGAUCUGCUAGGGGAGGAGAGGCAAAAACUUGAUAUCAGUGCCGGCGCCGGAGUCUACCAUGGUGGAUGAGGAGAAUCUCGGUCGACCACCUCUCCCUUCUGCUGCGAUAGGCCGAACAAGGGUCAAAUGGGCUUUUGUAAAGUUAAGGGGCAGCCUCAAGAAAAUUACUAAACUUACGCUUCUCGCCUAAGUGUCAAAGCAUAACUCCGGCUUCUAUGAAACCGAGGAAACCACGUUCUGGAUCCACCUCCCCUGGCGAUGAAUCGGAGACGGUGAUGAUAGAUCAAAAAGAAAAUAAUAACGUUGGGGAAGAGGAUGUUGAUCCACCCGAUACAACACCAUGAUCAAACUGUGCCGGAGGAGUCAAGGGACGGUCAAUCUAUGCAACCACCGUCGACUGGAAGCUCUUUUAUCUCCAGGUCCCCUCUUCUCUCUCGAUUUGCAGUCUCUUUGUGGAACUCUUCCGCUUUUUCUCCCUAGACCGAGUCCGAUUCCAGCAUAUCUUAUUCUUGUUAGUCUCCUAAAGUGGAAUAGAUAUGUGAAUCGAGACCUUAUUGUCUUUUUCUCUGACGUUCCGGUUAUUUUGAGCCGAGGUACUUUGAAGCUAGUAGAUAUGUUGCUAAGUUAUAGUCGGAAGUUAUUGAAGUUGGAGAGGUGUGUGCAAUUAUUUUCUCUAGCUUUUUGUGGUUCUAGUUUCGAAGAUUUGGCUGAUCAACCCCCCUCUCUUGUUGGCAUCUUUGGUUCUAAGCCGCCAAACAAAGCCAAAAUCUUGUGGAUGAAGCUUUUGGCUUCGCUUUCACGGGAUUAUGCGCCCGUCCUACAUGUCUUUGCCCACAAAGGGUUUUGGAUGGUUUAAUACCUCCGGGACAAGUAGGGAGUAGUAGACACUCUAGCUCCUUCUUCAGGCGCUGGAAAUGCUACAUCAAAAAGAUUUUGGCUUUGUUUGGCCAUAGCAUCUUUAAGAUUGAAUGGUCUUCUUUCGAGAUAUCAUUCCCUAUCCUUUGGAUUGUUGCAAUCCCUUAUCCUUGGCAUUGUUUUAGCCAUUAUGUUAGCUGUAUUUUAGUCCGGGGUGCAAAGGUUGCUCUACGAGUACCUUCUCGUGAUUUCUUAUUAUUUGUUUCUACCAUAUAAGUUGUAUGAUAUUUGUAAGAUUUUCCUAAGAGGAGAGUGGCUGGAUCAUAGCUUAUAUAAUGUGUACGUACAUGAGUUUAAUGUAUAUUGAGAUUGUGUACGUACACGAGUUUAAUGUAUAUUGAGAUUGUGUACGUACACAGGUUCAAUGUAUAUUGAGAUCUUGUACAUGAGACGAAGUAAAAUUAGUA